UUAUAUUUAACAAAAUGGUAAGCCCAAAACGAAGGAAAAGGAAGGACCCGUCCUUAUUCGAUUCCCCAGAAUUAUUUGACCCCCCGCCCCGCUCUCUCUCUCUCUCUCUCUCCCCUUCCUUUCUCCUUCUAGUCUCUGUCUUGUCUCCGUCUUCCUCCCUAUACGACUAUUACUUCGGUCCCCAUCACCGUCUCUCAUCACUCCCUUUUAUUAGCCUUCCUCGUCUUCCCCUCUAAAAUCUCUUCUUAUCCGGUAUCUGAAAUCUUAUUCCCUUGAGCUCUCACCACCGGAGAGAGAAGAAGAAUAAUGGUGGCUAAGAAGCCGAGAAUAGUGAUCGUGGGGGCGGGGGUGGCGGGGCUCACCGCCGCCCACCGCCUGUACACCUCCUCUGGCGACCUCUUCGACCUCUGCGUCGUCGAGGGCGGCGACCGGAUCGGCGGUCGGAUCCUUACGGCCGAGUUCGCAGGCGACCGCGUCGAGAUGGGCGCCACCUGGAUCCACGGCAUUGGCGGCAGCCCCAUCUACGCCAUGGCCCAGGACCUCCAGGCCCUCACCGACCCCCGUCCCUGGGAGCGCAUGGACGGCUUCCCCGCCGACCCCCUCACCGUCGCUGAGGGCGGCGUUGUCGUCGAUCCAGCCCGCGUCGUCUCCCCCGUCACCGCCCUCUACCGCCACCUCAUGGACUCCGCCCGCGCCGGCGACGCACCCGUCGACCCCAAGGACCCCAGCGUCGGCUCCUUCCUCCGCCGCGGGCUCGAAAGGUACCGAGCCUCCCGCGGCGACGCUGGCGGCGAGGGUGACUGGACCCUGGAGGCGCUGGAGGACGCCGUCUUCGCGAUCCACGAGAAUACGGAGCGGACCUGCACCUCGGCCGACGACCUCAGGGGGCUGGACCUCGCCGCGGAGGGCGAGUACCGGGACUUCCCCGGCGACCAGAUCACGAUCGCCAAGGGGUACUCGCGGAUCGUGGAGGCCCUCGCCGCCGCCAUCCCCCCGGGCGCGAUCCGGCUGGGGCGGCGGCUCCGCCGCAUCGAGUGGUGCCCCGAUGGAGGCGGGAGCGGCGGCCCCGUGAGGCUCCACUUCGAGGGGGAUUACACCCCGAUGGCCGCGGAUCACGUGAUCGUGACGGUGUCGCUGGGGGUCCUCAAGGCGGGGAUGGGGCUGGGGAAGGAGGUCGGCUUGGGGUCGCCGCCCGGUCCCGGCGUGGUGUUCUCCCCUGCUCUCCCGGAUUUCAAGCGGGGCGCCAUCGGACGGCUGGGAUUCGGCGUGGUGGACAAGCUCUUCAUGGAGAUGGACGAUGAUCCUGAGCGGUUCUUCCCGUUCCUCCAGAUGGCGUUCGACCAGGCGUCGUCGUCGUCGGCGAGACACGUGGCGAAGAUCCCGGUGUGGAUGAGGAGGACGCACUCCAUCUGCCCGAUCUACGGCGGUUCGAGGGUGCUCCUGGCGUGGUUUGCGGGGGAGGAGGCGAUGGAGCUGGAAUCGCUGGGCGACGAGGAUAUCAUCCGCGGGGCCCACGCCACGCUGGACGCCUUCCUGCCUACCGUCCACCGGCGGAUCGCCAGGGUGAAGCGGAGCUGCUGGGCGAGGGAUCCGCUCUUUCUGGGCUCCUACAGCUACGUGGCCGUCGGAUCCAGCGGCGGCGACCUCGAUCUCAUGGCGGAGCCGCUGCCGCGUGAAACCGGCGGCGGAGACGGUGCUCCGCCGCCGCUGCAGAUAUUAUUCGCCGGGGAGGCCACGCACAGGACGCACUAUUCUACCACGCACGGGGCGUAUUUUAGCGGAAUCAGGGAGGCUAACCGGCUACUCCAGCACUAUCGCUAUACCAGCAGCUUCGUACAAUAAUAGUCAUCAUUAAAUUUAAUCAAUUAGAUAGUUAUCACCCCAGUAUUCUUAAUUAAAGCUUAUGUAAUAGAGGGAAGGGAGGCAGGGGGCGGGGGGUGGGCUUGGUCGGGUGGGUACGUCUAUGAGAAGAUUUUUUUUUUUUUUUUUUAAUUUUGGGCUCGCUGUUUUUCUUGAAUUUUAAAUUACCCCAUAUUUCUGUUGCGUCUUCAUCUCUCUUGUUUUUAUCUUGUUCUUUUGAUCAGUGACUGGUUCGGACGCUGAGCUUAUUGAGCUUCAGGGGCUUGUUUGGAUGCGCCAACAGGAUAAGUACUGGUCAUGAUCUACUCGGAGAGAAAUGGAGAAAACAGAAUCAGGAUUCUAAGUUAGGUCGCUGCAGAAGGGCGUUGUUCCUUUGGGCGGUCAUUUUUAGGGGCGGAACUAAGAGCAGCAUGAAAGAGAUUCUUCUACGCGAGACAAUUGCUUAAGGUGAAGUGUAUUAUUUUCAAGGGAGACUCAACUGGGCGAAUGGCUAAGCAUUUGCUUCUGCGCGACAUCUGGCGGCUGCAGAAAAAAUGUUGUGCCUUUCAGGUCGUGCACGUGUUUUGUGAGACGAACAAAAGUGCUGAUUAAGUCGCCUCUUUUGCUGCCCAUUAUUCUGGAAAGAUCUUUUGGAUUGGGCAUAUUUCUAUUUCUUCGCUAUUAUUUAGUCUACGUUUUAGUGAUUCAACUGUCUGUGCUAAUGUGAAAUUAGUGUGAGUCGCUGAUGUAUGAAAAAAAAUUCUCUAUUUUAAAAAAUAAUUUAUAAUGUCUCUGUUUUAGGAA